AUCAGAACUUCGCUUGUUGAGCAAUGGAGGAUACCAUACUCUUUUUUGUGAUCUGCUUUCACGUACAUGAACAAGUUCACAGUCAGUCAUCAAACCAGUCCUCCCAGGGGGUAACAUCUGUGUUUGAGGUAUCGCUCCUCGCUCUGACUGUGGCCAACGUCCUACUCUGCAUCACCACAACCACAGUAGUGUGUCUCCUGCACAGACAUGUCAGAAAGAUUUGGAUUAAACUUUCACAAAAAGAUACUCUCCUUGAAGACCAUAUUACAGAAAAUGUGUCUGUUGCAUCUGACUCUUGGAAGCCAGAGGACAACAGCCAAACACUAACAGCAUCUUCCUCUGUUGAGUUCCCUGCUGGUGAGAAACAGGGAUCCUUCCGGUUGUCAGUGAUAUCCCCCAGCUCCCAGGCCUCAACGCCCAGACUGUUCACGCGGUGCUCUCCACCUCUUUGCGAAAACACGAUGAUCCAAAAAGCCAGACAAAGCUCUGGCCCUGAGAGAUCUUCCAAAAAGCACCAGUUCACUGUGGUUGACCUGACCCUUGAUGAGGAUGACAGUGGUUACAUGGAUAUGAGAUCCUGCUAUCUUAGUGGUCCGGUCCUCAGCACAGCCAACGAAAGCAUCUACGACAUCCCCCGUUACGCCUCGGUCGGCCACCUCUACUCGAUGCGAGGAACGCAGAGCCAGGAGUUCCUCAAACGACCCAAGCACUCCAGAAACCACUCUGACCCCAGCAGCUACCCACGGUCCUUAGCUAAACCCAGCCUUGGAGGAGAAGCCACUUAUGCAGCCAGUGUCCCCCGAGGGGUGGACACUGAGCAGAGCUCAACCAGGAGUCUCCAGGCUGAGGGGCCUGAACGUACAUUUGUAGAGGAAACCAGCAAACGUGAAGCACACGACACCACCAGCCUGAGAGCCACCAGAGGAGCAGCUUCUCCAAAACAGAAAUCCAAAUCUUCGGUAAGGGGUCAGAAACAACCCAUUGACAUUUAAUUAAGUCCAAGAGUGGAGCUGCUUGACAGCUGUAAGGUCUUCAGCGUUAACAUACGAGUGUUUCGCUACUCAAUAUUUGGGAUCAUACCACAACUGCAUUUUUUCCAAAAUGCCACAUUAAUCCGCACUUCAUUAAUAUUAUGAGUAAAAAGUACAACACAUGAGCAGUCAAAUACACAGUGAAGUUGUAUUUUUAAUUCUGUCUAGC